CUCUGUUUAUCGUGCUAAUGAAAUUAUGAGAAGCUACUGCUGCGUUUUCGCUUUUCUAAACUGAUCUCACUGACUGCAAACUUCCUGGAAAUCUCGAAGCCUUCUGGUAGGUUCAAUUCAAGGAUCAUCUAGCUCCAUGCUCAUGGACUCGUCGAGCCUGAAUUAUCAUUUCGGAUUUACGCUUUGCUGAGAACAUAAGUUCCAACGAAACUUCCUGGAUUCGCUGAGAAUUAUUAUCGUUCUCAAUGGCUCAAAUUCCCAACCUCGACAAUGCUCCUGUCAAUCUCACAUCCGUUAGGGAACAGUCUCAAAAGGAGCUCAUCAAUAUCCUCAAGAAUGUUCGAGGAAAAAAGUGCUUGGUAAUCGAUCCGAAGCUCGGGGGAUCUCUCUCCUUAAUUAUACAGACAUCAAUUCUGAAGGAGCUUGGGGCUGAAUUACGGCAUCUUUCAGCUGAGCCAGUUCAAACUGACUGCAGCAAAAUAGUUUACCUUGUGCGCUCUCAGCCUAAUUUGAUGAAAUUUAUAUGUUCAAAUGUUAACAAUGACGUAUCAAAAGGACUGCAAAGAGAGUAUCAUGUUUAUUUUGUCCCUCGCCGCACUGUAGUUUGUGAGAAAGUUCUUGAAGAAGAGAAAGUACAUCACAUGAUGUCAAUAGGGGAAUAUCCCCUGUAUCUUGUACCAAUGGAUGAUGAUUUGCUCUCGUUUGAACUAGACCUUGCUUACAAAGAAUGCCUGGUGGAUGGUGAUACAAGCUCACUUUGGCAUAUUGCAAAAGCUAUUCACAAACUUGAGUUUUCUUUUGGAUUGAUACGAAAUGUGAGGGCAAAAGGGAAAGCAUCUGUGCGUGUAGCAGACAUUCUAAACCGCAUGCAAGCUGAGGAACCAGUUAGCUCACCCGAUAUGCUUGUGCCAGAGAUAAAUACUCUUAUCCUCUUAGAUAGGGAGGUGGACAUGGUUACUCCUUUGUGUUCUCAGUUAACAUAUGAGGGGCUUGUUGACGAGUUUCUGCACAUCAACAAUGGUGCUGUGGAGCUUGAUUCAUCUAUUAUGGGUCAACAAGAAGGAAAAAAGAUGAAAGUUCCUCUUAAUUCAAGUGACAAGCUUUUUAAGGAGAUACGGGAUCUCAAUUUUGAAGUUGUUGUCCAGAUUUUGCGUCAAAAAGCUACAUCCAUGAAGCAGGACUACACAGAGAUGACAACUACUACACAGACAGUUUCUGAAUUGAAGGAUUUUGUCAGAAAGCUGAACUCAUUGCCAGAAAUGACUAGACACAUAAAUCUGGCACAACACUUGUCAAAAUUCACAUCAAAGCCAUCAUUUCUUGGGCAGCUUGAUAUGGAACACACAAUAAUUGAGUCCCAAAGUUAUGACAUAUGCUUUGAGUACAUUGAGGAGAUGAUCCAGAAGCAGGAGCCACUUACCACUGUCCUGCGCCUUCUUAUAUUAUUUUCUGUUACUAAUUCAGGGUUGCCAAAGAAGCAUUUUGACUAUUUGAGGAGAGAACUACUUCACAGCUAUGGGUUUGAGCAUAUGGCAACACUAAAUAAUUUAGAGAAAUCUGGACUCCUAAAAAAGCAGGAGUCAAAAAGCAACUGGUUUACUGUAAAACGUGCUCUACAGCUUGUAGUUGAUGACACUGACACAGCGAACCCCAAUGAUAUUGCUUACGUCUUCUCUGGAUAUGCACCACUCAGUAUUCGUCUGAUCCACCAUGCCAUUCGAUCUGGAUGGCGUCCUGUUGAAGAAAUUCUGAAGCUGCUGCCCGGACCUCAUUUAGAAACUAAGAGGGGUGGAUUCUCAAACAGCCCAUCAUAUGACACUCUGUCUGGUGCUUCAACCAACAUAGCUAAAGUAACUGAUGGAAGGCGUUCACUGGUGCUUGUGGUCUUUGUUGGAGGGGUUACCUUUGCAGAAAUUUCUGCACUUCGGUUUCUUAGUGCCCAGGAAGGAAUGGCGUAUGAUUUGAUUAUUGGAACAACAAAAAUAAUCAAUGGCCGCACAGUUGUGGAAACAUUCAUGGAGAAGAUGGGUUGAAGAGUGAGUACGGUUUUCUAUUAUCUAUAUGUCCUCUAUAUUUGGCAGAGAAAACCAAGACCAUCAAGGCGUUUGUUGACGGAAUGCAGUGCUGAAAGCUUCAUUGGUGCUAUAAUAUCUUUUUGUGUUGAUUUGUGGGCGUGUGAAAACUGAAGAAUAGGAGCGUGGUCCUUUUGUGGGAAUAAUCCAAAAUGAAUAGCAAGAGGGAUACUUCUUUAUUUGCUCUUUCAGUUUUUGUUGCUAAUGAGUGAACUUGGUAUCCCAUAGGUGUAACUGCUUUGAUUUUUUUUUUUUUUACCCCCAGAAUCAUUUUUGUGUGUGGCCUUGAAAGAAUGGGACGUGGAAGAAAGUUAAGAAUAACAGCCUAAUCUGAUGUGUAAUUGCUAUUACUAGUUAUAAAUAUGAUAAGGACUUGUUUUCUUUUUGCA